CUUCACGAAGGGCCACUUCCCGAAGAUGGCUGAGUGUGCACAUUUCCACUACGAGAAUGUUGAGUUCGGCAGCAUACAGCUCUCACUUUCAGAAGAACAAAGUGAAAUAACGAAAAACGGCUGUGAGUCUAAAGAACUGGUCUACCUCGUGCAGGUCGCCUGUCAGGGCAAAAGUUGGAUUGUUAAAAGAAGUUACGAAGAUUUUCGGGUCCUUGAUAAACAUCUUCAUUUAUGUAUUUAUGAUCGCCGAUUCUCCCAGCUCUCAGAGCUUCCCCGUUCUGACACUCUGAAGGACAGUCCAGAGUCGGUCACACAGAUGCUCACGGCUUACCUGGCACGCCUGUCAGCCAUUGCUGGCAACAAGAUCAACUGCGGGCCCGCGCUCACCUGGAUGGAGAUCGAUAACAAGGGGAAUCACCUCCUCGUUCACGAGGAGUCGUCCAUCAACACGCCGGCUGUGGGCGCUGCCCACGUCAUCAAGAGGUACACUGCGCGGGCCCCCGACGAGCUGACCUUGGAGGUGGGAGACAUUGUUUCUGUUAUCGACAUGCCCCCCAAAGUGCUGAGCACCUGGUGGAGAGGCAAGCAUGGAUUUCAGGUGGGACUCUUCCCUGGACACUGUGUUGAGUUAAUUAACCAAAAAGUUCCCCAGUCCGUGACCAACUCAGUGCCCAAGCCAGUGUCCAAAAAGCACGGCAAGCUCAUUACUUUCUUACGGACAUUCAUGAAGUCUCGUCCAACAAAGCAGAAGCUCAAGCAGCGGGGCAUCUUGAAAGAGAGGGUGUUCGGCUGUGACUUGGGGGAGCACCUUCUCAACUCCGGCUUUGAAGUGCCUCAGGUUCUCCAGAGCUGCACGGCGUUCAUCGAGAAGUAUGGCAUUGUGGAUGGGAUCUACCGUCUCUCUGGCGUGGCCUCCAAUAUCCAGAGACUACGUCACGAAUUCGACUCCGAGCACGUCCCCGACCUGACGAAAGAGCCUUACGUGCAGGACAUCCACUCGGUGGGCUCCCUGUGCAAGCUGUACUUCCGAGAGCUUCCCAACCCUCUGCUCACCUACCAGCUCUACGAGAAGUUCUCUGACGCUGUCUCCGCCGCCACAGACGAGGAGAGGCUCAUGAAGAUCCACGACGUGAUCCAGCAGCUGCCCCCACCGCACUACAGGACGCUGGAGUUCCUCAUGAGGCACCUGUCCCUGCUGGCCGACUACUGCUCCAUCACCAACAUGCACGCCAAGAACCUGGCCAUUGUGUGGGCGCCAAACCUGCUGAGAUCAAAGCAGAUCGAAUCUGCCUGCUUCAGCGGUACCGCGGCCUUCAUGGAGGUGCGGAUCCAGUCCGUGGUGGUCGAGUUCAUCCUCAAUCACGUCGACGUGCUCUUCAGUGGCAAGAUCAGCGCGGUCCUGCAGGAGGGGGCAGCUUCUCUGUCGCGGCCCAAGUCUCUGAUGGUGUCAUCCCCGUCAACCAAGCUGCUGACCCUGGAGGAGGCCCAGGCACGGACACAGGCUCAGGCCAACUCUCCAGUCGUGACGGAAAACAGAUACAUCGAAGUCGGAGAGGGACCUGCUGCACUGCAGGGGAAAUUCCACACCAUAAUUGAGUUCCCACUGGAAAGAAAGAGGCCUCAAAACAAGAUGAAAAAAUCUCCCGUGGGGAGCUGGCGCUCCUUCUUCAACUUGGGGAAGUCAUCGUCCGUUUCCAAGCGCAAGUUACAGCGUAACGAGAGUGAGCCCUCGGAGAUGAAGGCCCUGGCCAUGAAGGGUGGCCGGGCAGAGGGGACUCUGCGCUCAGCGAAAAGCGAGGAGUCGCUCACGUCCCUUCACGCAGUCGAUGGUGACUCUAAGCUCUUCCGGCCCAGGAGACCCAGGUCCAGCAGCGACGCGCUGUCGGCCUCGUUCAGCGGAGACGUGCUGGGGACCCGCUGCAACUCCUACGACAACCUGCCCUGCGAGCACAAGAGCGAGGACGGGCUGUCGCACGUCCCGGUGCUCCUGUCUCCUCACUGCACGGAGGACGUCGACUUGAGCCCGCCCGACAUCGGGGUGGCCAGCCUGGAUUUCGACCCCAUGUCCUUUCAGUGUAGUCCCCCGAAAGCUGAGUCCGAGUGUCUGGAGGGUGGCGCUUCCUUUUUGGAUUCUUUCAGCUACUCCAGGGAGAAGCCGAGUGCUGGUAAAAAGGACGGAGAAGCUGGUGGGAGCCAGUCUCAGACUCCGGGAAGCACAGCAAGUUCUGAACCCGUGUCUCCUGUUCAGGAGAAACUGAGUCCCUUCUUCACCCUGGACUUGAGCCCUACGGAGGAGCAGUCGUCUAAGCCAUGCUCACUUACCGAGAAGGUCGUCUGCGCUUUCUCUCCCAAGAUAGGACGGAAACUAACCAAGUCACCAUCUCUGAACAUAUCCGAGCCCAUCUCAGUGACCCUUCCACCCCGGGUGUCUGAAGCCAUCGGUGUGGUCACAAACCCUGCAGCGCAGAACACGGCGCCGCCAGCCUGGGACAGAGACGCCGAAGACAGUGCAGGCACGAGCAGAUCCCCCACCCAGGUAGCAAAGGUGAAGACCAGUGACAGAGAGGCCCAGGAGGGCUGUGAGCCCACAGGCCAGGCCCCGGACCAGGCAGCUUCUGGGGAAACAGAGCUGCCAGGGCAAGAGGAGCGGCCCGACCCGAGCAGUCAGAGUAAGGCCGUAGGCCCUGGACAGACGCAGACAGGAGCAGUUACCCAUGACCCCCCUCAGGACCCCGUUCCCGUCAGUUCAGUCUCUCUUAUCCCACCACCGCCGCCUCCGAAAAGCGUUGCCCGAAUGCUGGCACUAGCCCUUGCAGAGUCUGCGCAGCAAGCCUCCACUCAGUCACUGAAGAGACCUGGGGCUGCUCAGGCUGGGCACACACACUACGGGGACGUGGCCAUGGCGACAGCCGGAGACAAGCCGCCUGCUGCUUACUGUAGCGUGGCUCUAGAUCAGGCCUAUUUCCAAACAGAUCGGCCGGCAGAACAGGUCCCCCACCAGAACAGUGCCCCGGGGGGCUGGGACCAGCCUCUGCCAGAGACCACCGCAGCUGGAGACCAAGCCCGUGCCAACGCCACCGAGCCUGGGGAGCAGCAGCACCAUGUAGACUUGCCGGGGGGUCAGCCACCCCGCCCCUGCCUGUCUGGGGACCAGGAGAAGGCCAGAGUCACCUUUGCUCCCUUAACAGACUCCGAGAAGCCUGGCGACCACGCGCGAGGCCCCGCAGACCAUCCAGGCAAGGCCAGUGUGCUGCCUGUCACCUUUGCCGCUCAGGACCAGGCUCUGCUCCGGUUCUGCAGUGGAGAUCAGCCGCCGCCUCAGCUCGGUGCGAGCACAGAGAAGCCCCGUCACCUCCCGGAACUCGCAGACAGAUCUGCCACUUUGCCUCGGGACAAGACGCACCGUCAUGCUGGGUCCCUUGAAGAGAACGCCAGCACGGCGGCCAUGGCUUACGUGACAGCUACUCCAGUGACAGCUGGGAUCAGCAUCAGGGAGGCCACCUGGGACGUGGUUGGACAAGCCAGCACUGCCGAUGUCACUGCCGCCACCCUGCAGCGCACGCAUAGAACUAACCGCCCCCUCCCCGCCCCGCCCCCCCAGAGGCCAGCAGAGCAGCUGCCAGCUGUGGGGCCGGGACCAGCUACAGCCUGCAUGGGGUUCAGUAACGCCCACAAGGUCCCAGCGACGGUCCCAGCCCCAGAGAGGCCACCUGAGCCUCGAGUCUUGGAAGAUCCUGGACCUGUCUUUGUCGGCGACACCUGUGCCCCGGCUCAGGGCCCCGUGGCCGCACCUGCCCUCCAGCCAGGCCUGCCGGAGAAGGUGCGGGACGGUGCCAGGGCCCCACCGCUGCACCUGCGUGCCGAGUCUGUCCCCAUGCACUCCUGUGGCUUCCCUGCACCGAUGCCCCCCACCAGGACCAUGGAGAGCAAGGUGGCUGCUGCUACGCACUCUGCUGGCGCAGAAGCCACCGGCUCAGACUACCACUGCUUCCUCGCCGCUGCGUCGGACCCCGGGGAUGAGGCGCUGCCCGGCCCGCAAGUGCAGCACGCCCCCCAGAAAAUGGCCUACUGCUCCUUCGCCAGGCCGGAUGUCACCGCUGAGGCCUUUGGCCCAGAAAACUGUGUGCAUUUCGGUAUGACUCCCAGCUGCCAGUUCCGUUCCCAGAGUGUCCCCCCACACCACAACAAACUGGAGCCACACCAAGUGUACGGUGCCAGGUCCGAGCCACCCACUGCCGUGGGGCCUCGCUACAACACAUACGUGGCCCCAGGGAGAAGCGUGUCUGGACACUACCCCAAGCCGUGCAGCAGGAUGGAGUACGUGCCGCCUCUGGGCUCCUCUGUCAGGAGUGCUUGCUACCCCGAGGACAUCCCGCCGUACCCCACUAUCCGGAGGGUGCAGUCUCUCCACGCCCCCCCUACCUCCAUGAUCCGCUCUGUCCCCAUCUCACGGACAGAAGUGCCCCCGGAUGACGAGGCGGCCUACUGCCCCCGGCCGCUGUACCAGUACAAGCCAUACCAGGCCUCCCAGGCCCGCUCGGAUUACCACGUGACACAGCUGCAGCCGUACUUCGAGAAUGGCCGGGUCCACUACCGGUACAGCCCCUACUCCAGCUCCCCCGGCUUCUCCUACAGCGCCGACGGGGCCCUGUGCGACCUGGACGCCUAUGGCACGGUGCAGGCACGGCCCCCGCACCGCCCACCCAAUCGCGACUUCGCUUUCUACAACCCCAGGCUGCAAGGGAAGACCGUGUACGGCUAUGCCGGGCCAGCACCACGUCCCCGGGCCAGUGCGGCGGGCUACUUCUCUGGUACUGACCAUAACAUGGUCACCAUGCCCCCUGCUGCGGAUGUGAAGCACUCCUACGCGUCCUGGGAUCUGGAGGACGUGGACAAGUACCGCAUGCAGUCCCUCCGCAGGGAGAGCCGCGCGCGGCAGAAGGUGAAAGGGCCGGUCCCGUCCCAGUACGACAACAUGGUCCCGGCCGUGCAGGACGACCUGGGUGGGAUCUACGUCAUCCACCUGCGGAGUAAGUCGGAUCCUGGGAAAACUGGACUUCUCUCCGUGGCAGAGGGCAAGGAGGGGCGGCACCCGGCCAAGGCUCUCAGUCCUGAGGCGGACGACCGCUUCUACCGGAAGCACCUGGAGCCGGAGUUCGACAGGGCCCGCCACGGCAGCCACGGUGGCGUGCAGCCCGAGAAGCCGGCCCUCCCGCAGAAGCAGAGCAGCCUGAGGAACAGGAAGCUGCCCGACAUGGGCUGCGGGCUCGCCGAGCACAGGGCACACCAGGACGCAAGCCAUCGGCACUUCUGUGACUCCAAGGGUGGGCCGUCGUACCCCCAGGGAGCCGGCCAGUUGGAUUAUGGGUCCAAAGGGAUCCCAGACGCCUCUGAGCCGAUCAGCUACCACAACUCUGGAGGGAAGUACGCCCCUGGGCAGGAGUCCACGAGGCCCAACCACAAAGAGGCCAGACUCUCCAAAGAGCUGGAGUGGCCUUGGGCCAGACAGCCUCCUGCCCCAGAGAAACACCCCCGGGAUUGCUACCGGGAGGAUGAGCCCCUCACUCAGCCCGCAGUCCCACCCCCGAAGCCGGAGAGGAGCCACAGCCUGAAACUUCAUCACGCCCAGAGCAUGGACAGGGACCCGGGCGUGCUGUACCAGUACCAGACACACAACAAGCGCCAGGCCGGCGCGACUGUGGUGUCCCAGUACGACAACCUGGAGGACUACCACUCCCUGCCCCAGCACCAGCGAGGAGGCUUUGGAGGGGGAGGCCUGGGCACGUACGUGCCACCCGGCUUUGCCCACCCGCAGAGCAGGACCUACGCCACAGCCCUGGGCCAGGGGGCCUUCCUGCCCGCAGAGCUGUCUUUGCAGCACCCUGAGACACAGAUCCAUGCAGAGUGAGCCCCGGGCAAUAGAGUCGAAGCAGCCUCUGCUGGACAGUGGACUGUUCUAUUUUUUUCAAUAACCAAAAAAGUUUAAAAACAAAAACACUACAAAACCCCUGACCACAUUAAAAAAAAAAAAGCAUAAAGGUAAACAAAUGGCCACCUUCCCCCUCCCCUGCUUCCUUACCAUCUCGCCCAUCUAGGGAUACAUUGCUUUUGUCUUUAAGAGAGAUCUGGGUGAUUGCAAAGCACUGUGCUGAAGCCUGGUCCCGGUGUCACAGACCACCUGCCAUCCAGGUCGCUCGCUGAGAGCCCAAGGACGGCCUCGAACAGAAUUCGCAUUUUGCUUUGUCCUUUCUUCUUGGGUUUCGCUGCAGUUCCGAGCAGCUCACACCAUGUCCUGGUAGGCGUCUGCACCUACUGUGUGUCCCACUCCCUCCCUGGCCACACAGCCUGCCCGGGGACAGACGGGGUUCUCACUUCCCUCUCCCUGUCUGUCCCAGAAGGGUCUGGUGUGUGAAAAGAGAGUGGAGAAAAACUUCCUGGUCUUUCAGAUAAGUCCGACAGUUAGCCACAUUAUAAUUAAACAAUAAAAAAUCUAGACUCUAAAACAUUGGAGAGUCGUAUAAAAUGUCAGACCACUGACUCACGAGCCGUCCGUGUUCUUAUUUCACGCAGUGGGGGGUUCACCGCAAUUUGACAGCCAGGCUCCCGUCACUGUAGAGAGGAUUUCUGUACUUGUCCUGUGUUGCCUGUACACAGGCCCCCACCCCAGGAAUCUUUGGUAAAUUAUAAUUACAGUAAAACAUUUCACAUCAUUUUUUCCUCCUCAGUUAGCAGCCUUGUUCAUAAAACCAGCAUCCCACGACUGGGUGGAUACACACAGUCUGUCGUGGAUACGAGUUCAUCUGUCCAUCUCUCUCCCCGGGAGCCCUCGAAGCCACUGUGGAUUGUCCGCUGGUGAGCUGCAGGCUCCUGCAGUAACUGCUGAGCAGUCCCGGUUCACCCGCUGCAGCUGGGGCAGUCGCUGUCUGUCCUACGGAGUCCCGUGGUGUUGGCCCGCAGUGUGCUCUGUGGUCCCAGUCUCACGUCUUUGCCAUCCGUACCAGCAUUUCAGGCUCAGCUCUGUCACUGCAGGCGUGUCCCAUGCGCUUCGUUCCCAGGACACACUCGGAAGUUGCAUUUCUUCUCGGAGUGGGACAGGGCAGCCCUCUAACCCAGCCCUGUGCUUCCUCAGCCCCCCCGCCCCGCCCCAACCCUCCGGACGAGCGAGGUGGUCCGUGUGCACACUGUGAGUUUAGAGUCCCUGUCAUUCCCAAGCUCGUAAUACCGAUACUUGAGUUUUAUACAUUCACAUUCACAGUUUUAAACACUGCUUGUAAGGGACAAUAGGAGGGAGAAUUUCAUUCCAGUUACUGGGUGGUUGCUGCUCUGGUGUUUUAGGACUUGGGAUUCACUUUUAUUUAGAGCAAAGGAGGAAAUCUUUUAAGAGGCUAAAAUCAUGCUGCUGUUAUUGCUGUGAAAUUGUAUAAAGAUUAGGAUUCAUGCCAGUUUUUUUAAUUUAAAAAGAAAUCAUGUGAUUGCAUUUUAAAGGUUUAUAUUUAGAAAAAGAAAUAAAAAGUUUUAAGAACAACACAUUUAUAUGUGGAAAUAUUCUGUAAGGGUUUCUUGUGUUCCCCCAGUAAUGAUCAGAGGAUGCUAUCCAGACCAAGUAGAAGUCUGACAUGUGCACAGGCCUCUGGGUAGUCUAGGCCCCUCCUUAGGAGUCCAGACCCGGCUGGUACGUGGUCAGGCUGGUAGGAGCGCCAGUCAGGACCGCCGUUGGACGCACAGACCCCAGGCGCCCCGCCCCCCGCGGGAGUUGCUCCUCGGUGUCUCUGCAGCACCGGUCUGUUACCUUCACCCCCUCUCUGUGGAGUAGCCAGUCCCUGGCCCCUUGUAGAACCCCCAGGCCUGGGAAGCUCUCACCAGCAGCCUGGAGGGUAGGAGGCCAGGCUGGCCCGAACGGUGCACACGUUCUUCACAGAGCCUGGAGGAGGUGGGUGGUGGAAGAAGUCGAUGCAAUGUCAGUAGCCCUGAGACUAAAGUCUAUGUUCUGAAUACUGAAGUCAGUUCCCCAGAACGGUUAUUAUUAAUACUUCCCUUACGAUAAAAAUCAGACGAAUGUUUGGAAAACAGUAACGGCGACUGGUACAACUUAAACACAAACUUCAGGCAGAGUCUGGGGUCGUCUCGGCAGCUGUUCAGGCCACGGCCUUGGCCUCGGGGUUAACCAGGAGAGCUGGCCCGUGUCCCCUGCUGACACUGGGUGGGGACUAGGCGAAAGUCCCUGUGAGCAGGCCACACCCGCGUGUGCACCGUGUUUGCUCCACGUGUGUGUUACCGAGGGUGCCAGCAGUUUCCAGACCACAUGAUCUGGGAGCGGUGCUGCCUCAAGCACUAGCCCACUGUUUGCUUCUGUUUCUCAUCGCUGUGUCUCCAGAUUGGAUCUUUUGGGCAAAAUCCUGGUUCCAGUUUAUUCUGAUUGAAAUAAAUAUUUCCUGGCUGCCUGGCUAGAAACUUUGCUAAAAGCCCCAGAGGUGCCAUUUUCUUACUAAUAAGUUUCAUCUACGCCUUAUUUCUUACUGUUUUCAAGUUUCUUUAAAACUUGCAGAGCCCUGGGAUGAUGCCAGAGGUAGGGCCUGUGUGUUUCUGAUCACAGCAAAGCAUUUUUAAAAAUUCAGGUUGAAAAAUUCCAGAACUGGUCAUUCGACAUGAAUGGGGAUAGAGCAGGUUCUCCAAUUCAUGUCAGUGGAAAUUUGCCCCUGUAGUUACAGAAGCCACAAGCCCAUCCCUGUGUCCUGCUCUGCCAGCCUCUGUGCAGUCGAGGCUGGAGACGUCUCCACGAGACGAGUGAGUCUCAGGCUGGGGCCAGGACUGCCGGUCAGGAGCGGCGUGCCUCACCGCCCGGGCUGGUGCCAGGUGUACAGGGGGCCCUCUGUCCUCGGCGCAUCAGCGCCGUUCAUGUUCUGAGAGUAAAAGGUGAUGUUUCGCAGUGUAGACUCUGACACAGCAAGCCUGAUGUUUCUGUCAUGACCUGCAUGAGCAUCCCAGAAAGUCUUAGAUCAUACUGUGGGUUUUUAACUUUAAUUUAUAUAGUUUUUUAUGUUUUAAUACUUUUGUGAACUGGUGUAAAUUGUUAAUGCCUAUAAGCUUGUGUAUUUUUUGUAAAUACUUUUGUGAUUUGUUUCUUGGCCCAUAUGUAAAUAUUUAAAGUCUCAUUUUUUUUUCAGAUUUACCUGAAGCUGAAUUUUGGGCUUGGGUUUUACUUAUUGCUCUGGCUGGCUGGUGGGGGCGGGGUUACUUGGAGAUGGAGGAUCUUGGGGUUUAAAGCAAAUGUCCCACUGAAAGCAACUCAAAUGUCAACAGAAUUAUUUCAGGUUAAAACCGA